AUGCCGCCACCCUCCCUCCGCCGCAUCCUCGUCUCCGGCGCCACCGGGAAACAAGGCGGCGCCCUCAUCGCCUCCCUCCUCUCCCACUCAACACCAACCUUCGAAAUCUACGCCCUAACCCGCAACCCGAAGUCGCGCUCCGCACAGGCUCUUUCUUCAAAACCAAACGUCAAAGUCAUCCAAGGCGACUUCUCCAACCCCUCCGCCAUCUUCGCGCAGAUCCCUAAACCAUGGGGUUUCUUCAGCGUAACCAACCCCAUAAACGUCGCGCGCGAAGAAGCACAGGGUAAAGCUAUGACUGCCGCCGCUCUCGCCGCAGGCGUGCAGCACAUUGUUUUCACCGCGACGGACCGCGGUAUUAACUCCGACGAGGACGCGACUGUUAUUCCACAUUUUGCAAGCAAGUUCCGCAUUGAGCGGGAUAUCAUCGCGAAGAGCAGGGAGACUGGAGCGACGUAUACGUUUCUCCGGCCGGUAGCGUUCUACGAGAACUUGACUGAUGAUUUCCUCGGCAAGGGGUUCGUGAGCGUGUGGCGUAUUAACGGGGAUGAGUCGAGGAUUAAGUUUGUGAGCACGAAGGAUAUUGGGAAGGUUGCUGCGGAGGCGUUUCUCAAGGCGGGGGAAGAGCGGUACAAGAAUAAGGCGGUUGCGCUUGCGGGAGAUGAUGUGAGCUUGAAGGAGUUUCAGCAGAUCUUCGAAGAGGAGACGGGAAAGAAGCUACCGGAGACGUUUGGGGUUGUGGGGAAGGGGCUGAGGUGGGCGUUGCAUGAGCAGUUGGGGAUUAUGUUUACUUGGUUUACGACUGAUGGGUUUGGGGUGGAUGUGAGGGAGAACAAGAAGCAGUAUCCUUUUUUGAAGGAUUUCAGGGAGUGGUUGAGGACGGAGAGUGCGUGGCGGAAGGAGUAG